UUUCAUCAUCAUCACGAGAAGCUUACGAUUUUGAUUCCGGUGAAACUUUCGAUCUCAAAUAUUCAAUUCCAAUCUCAGAUCUUCGGUUAAUUUUUGGGAUUAAUGACGAGUAUGUCGGAGAUUCAGUCAAAGAAGCUUACGCUCGUGCUAAAUUGGCGAAAUCUUCGACGAAUCCACAAGCUUUGUUUAUUGAGGAAAGAUCAUGUGUUUGGAGCUAUGUCGAUCUAAGAUUGUAACGGAUUUGUAUCUCGUGAUCUCUAGUCCUGUCCUUGUUUUUGUUUAUAUGGUUUCUGGAGUUGAUUAAAUCUUGUUUGUGAAUUAAAGUUUGGAUGAUGAAGACGAAGUUUGGAUGAUGAAGACGAACUUUGCAUUUGCGAGCAACUUGACGAUUUUGGUACUUGGAGAACUUGAUGCUGAAGAAGGCACUAGAAUGGAAAUCUCAGUUUUUGUGCCACCAAGUGAUACAUGUUCAACGCCUGAAUAAGGACAUGGCAAUUAUUCAUUAUUUCUGCCUCCUGCUCAAGAUUCUGAUUUUCACUGCACAUGAAAAUCAGAAGGAACCUCAUCUUUCAGUUGGAACUUCUUUUAUCUCUGCUGCACAUGAAAACCAGAAGGAACCUCAUCCAUCAGUCGGAACUUCUUCCAUCUCUGUGCCAUAUAGUGAUACAUGUUCAACGGCUGAAAAGGGAAGAGGCAAUAAGUCAUUGGAUUUGCUUCCUGCUCUAGAUCGUCGUCCGAUUCCUAUAGGCGGUGUACAUUCAACACAAGGUGCUGAUGAUAUAUAUGUUAAUAAAUAUUUCAUGAACAAGGCUGAGUUAAUGCAGAAGAUGAGGACAUGGGAGUUGGAGUAUAAGUUUGAGUUUAGGUCUCGAUGGUCUAACAAAGAGAGAGUGGUUUUGGUAUCUGUAUAGAUGAUAAAUGUACUUGGAGGAUGCGUGCAAUGAGGGUAGACUCUUCUGAUUUCUUUGUGGUGAAGAAGUAUUGCCAUGAGCACACAUGUGACAGUACACACAGAAAUGCAAAUCAUAGGCAAGCUACUGCGAAGUUAUAAAAUCUCUUUUUAUGUCAUGAUGUGUUUCGUGUUUCAUAGAAAUAUAUACGUUCGUUUGUAUAAGAUCUUAUAAUUAGAAGCUUGGCUCA